AUGUACCUCAUAAAUAAUUCCGGUUUAUUUUUUUUAAUUUUAUUUACGUUGGCGUAUGUGAAUUGCGAAGAAAAAGGACCAUAUAAUUCUCACGAUGACAAUGCACACAAAAAAUGCAAGAUUGAUUGGGUUAAGGCUACUGAUGGAGGUGGCUAUAUCGCUACUUGUGGUAUUAAGUGUCAAACGAAAUGCAGAUAUAAUCAAAAGACGGACCAAUGGCGUUGUAGAAAAUCUAGUACAGGUUUAACCAAAUCAUGUGAAUGUUGUAGAGAUAAUGUUCCUGGCGUCCCUGUUCCCCCUUAA